GUGGAAAUGCAGGGGUUGGGAAGGCCACAGCGGUGGAUCUGGCCCGGAGAGGCGCCCGUGUCAUUUUGGCAUGCCGCAACAAAGCAAGAGGAGAAUCGGCUGUGUGGGACAUUAGACAGAAAAGUGGGAACUCGGAGGUGAUCCUGAUGAUUCUGGAUCUGGCCAACCUCAACUCCGUGCGAGCUUUUGCAGAGACCUUCUUAAAAUCGGAGCCCCGUCUGGAUAUCCUCAUCAACAAUGCCGGAGCUGUUAGAACCGAAAUUGGUUACUCCUCUCGAUCGUGGUUAUUUAGGAUGGUUUGGUUCCUCGCGGUGUUCAAACGAGAUUGCGACACUGGCGCCCAGACCUCCAUCUACUGUGCCACCGAGGAGGGCAUCGAGAGUCUGAGCGGGCAGUAUUUUGCGGACUGCCAGCCGAAAAUGCCCUGCCCGCAGGCCCGUGAUGACCAGCUGGCCAAGAAGCUGUGGGAAUUCAGCGAGAGGCUGCUGGGACUGACCACUUAAGUCGGGAAGGGACAGAGACGGAGUUUGGAGUAACGAAAAACGGCUUCUGAUUAGACUGGGGGAUCGAACUGCAGGGAAUCUCCAUACUACCUGUCACAACCAUA